AUGGCGUUAAAUUUCACGCAAGAAAUAAGCGACAUCGGACCAAUGGCCUACCCUCUGAAAAUGGUUUCUAGAGAGAUGGUAGAACAUAUGCUUGGCUGGAACAUUCCAGAAGAACAUCAAGACCUGGUUCACGAGCACUGGAGGAACUUUCCAGCCGUCAGCAAAUAUUGGCACUAUUGCUUGGCUUUAAUAUACGCAAUGCUGAUGGUUACAUCACUCGUCGGAAACGGAAUUGUUAUCUGGAUAUUUGGCACUUCAAAAUCUCUACGCAGCGCGAGCAACAUGUUUGUGAUUAACUUGGCUAUAUUCGAUCUGAUGAUGAUGCUGGAGAUGCCUCUGCUGAUCAUCAAUUCAUUCUACCAGCGUCUCGUGGGAUACCAGUUGGGCUGUGACAUAUACGCCGUUUUAGGUUCCCUGUCUGGAAUCGGAGGGGCGAUCACAAAUGCCGUUAUCGCAUUCGAUAGAUACAAGACUAUCUCCUGUCCAUUGGACGGUAGAAUCAAUAAGGUGCAAGCAUCUCUUCUUAUAGCCUUCACGUGGUUCUGGGCCUUACCAUUCACCAUUCUACCAGCUUUCAGGAUAUGGGGACGAUAUGUUCCGGAGGGAUUCUUGACUACAUGCUCGUUCGAUUACUUCACUGAUGACCAGGACACGAAAGUGUUCGUUGCCUGCAUCUUCGUGUGGAGCUACUGCAUCCCGAUGACGCUCAUAUGUUAUUUCUAUUCACAGCUCUUCGGCGCUGUUCGUCUACAUGAACGCAUGCUACAAGAGCAGGCCAAAAAGAUGAACGUGAAGUCAUUGGCGGCAAAUAAAGAAGACGCCAGCAGGAGUGUGGAGAUCAGAAUAGCUAAGGUCGCCUUCACCAUAUUCUUCCUAUUUGUUUGUGCGUGGACACCUUAUGCAUUCGUCACUAUGACCGGGGCGUUUGGAGACAGGAAUUUACUGACGCCCAUAGCCACAAUGGUACCAGCGGUAUGCUGUAAGGUGGUGUCUUGCAUAGAUCCAUGGGUUUACGCCAUUAACCAUCCAAGAUACAGGGCCGAGCUCACAAAACGUCUCCCAUGGUUGGGCGUUCGCGAAUCGGAUCCCGACGCUGUCUCCACAACAACGAGCGUCGGUACUGCUCAAUCGCAAGCCACGGCCGAAGCUUAA